UUUUAAUAAUGGCGUCUGUACAAGAGAUGCGGCCAGGUCUUCAAAAAUGAAGCGGAGAAGAAGUCUAUUCUAGAAAUUUCGAGACUUAUACAAGGUUUCACCAAGUGGGCUGUGAACGUCUUCCAGCGAUUUUUGUUUACUUUUUUCGUUUUUGAGACCCCGAAAUGAUGAAGAUCAAAUCGAAUCAAACGCGGACAUAUGACGGGGAUGGCUACAAGAAGCGCGCCGCCUGUCUGUGCUUCAGAAACGAGAGUGAGGAGGAGGUAAGUCCGAGGCUAUAGUGGUGUGGUGGAACGGGCCUUGUGAAUAAACAGUUUGCCACGUUGCCAGCAGGUAGUGAUUCCGAAUGAAGAGAAGAGGGCGAGUUGUUUACGAAAGGCAUAUAUUUGGUGGCGAGGCCUAAAUUGAAUUGAUGGCAACAACAUCACCGGCGGUUGCCAUGUUUUUGUGUGAUACAAUUCUCAAACUGACAUUAACCGUAGACGCCUAGACUAAAUAUAAUAUAAUAACUUUAUUUCCCCAGUGUUGUCAGUGAGCUUUUUAUGCAAUGCAGUGUCUGUUAGUUUUGGGCCAUUGCAACAAAUUCUGCAAUGUGUGCAUAUCAUCAAAAGAGUUGGCCAACAAAAAAUGUAAGGCAUGGAGCAAAUGCAUCCAUGACAUACCUCAUGCAAAUAGAGUACCACAGUAUGAGUCAUAAUACCCUUAACCUAGCGGUCAAACAAGGAAAUGGUUCCAAUCGUUUUUCCACCAUUCAUUUUUCCCAUAUGGGAUUUUAGAAACACUGAAAAUAAGGGCUGUGUUUCGUGUAGGCUUACCCUGGCGUGACGUUUUGAUGAUAACCAUGUAAAUCUCUCGGACACAGUUACUUUUAUCAAUAUAUUCGCCUGUAUUUACCCCCCCCCCCCCCCCCCCCCCCCCCCCAAAUGAAACGCUAAUUAGCUGCUAAUGUGUUAUCAUAAAGAACUACAAAUGCCAUGAUGACCUGGACGAGACUGCCGAAUGGAGGCAAAGGUAAGAAUAUCUGGAUUAACUAUCUGUUUGCUAAAUGUAGUAAUUCAUAAAUUGGAUACAUUUCAUUCAAUUGACAAUUCUGUGAACCGUCUUGUGCAAGUUUUAAAUUGACACAAUACCUGUUAGCAAAGGUGGCAGCUAGAGAUGACUUGCAGGGAUUUGUAGUCUUGCAUGAUCUACUUUGAUGCUAGUUAGCAUUUUCGAAUCUGAGAGUAAAUGGAGCCGAAUAUAUUGAUAAAAGUCACCUUGUUUGAGAGAGAUUUACCUGGUUAUCAAAACGUCAUGCCAGGGUAAGCCUACAUGAAACACAGCCCUUAUGUUAAGUGUUUCUAAAAUUCCCUAUGGGAAAAUUAAUGGUGGAAAAAUGAUUGGAGCCAUUUCCCUGUUUGACCGCUAGGUUUUUUGUGGGUAUUAUGACACCUCCACUGUGGGGCUCUAUAGCGCUUGAUUUAUGUUAUAUGCCUAUAUUAGUGCUCAAGUAAUGGUAUUCAAUUAGAGCAACACAAUCUUGUGAAGGUAUGGGCAUAUUAUUUUAAUUAAUUGAAAUAACUGUCAACCCUACAGGUGUUGUUGGUGAGUAGUAUCCGUCAUCCAGGCAAGUGGAUCGUCCCUGGUGGAGGGAUGGAGCCGGAGGAAGAGCCCAACGUUGCUGCUGUUCGAGAGGUGUGUGAAGAGGUAGGCUAAAUUACUUGUCAACUUGACUUGUGCAUUCAGAGUUUUUAUUAUGCAAGGAGCUUAUGGGAAGUAUAAUUUCACUUCUGCACAGGUGGCCUUUAAAUGGUUUGGCAUAGGCUUAUUAAUCUGAUCCGAUUUCCCCAAAAAUCCUGUCCCUGAGCAUCAUUUUCUAGAAGGGUUACGCUCAUACUAAAGUGUUGCCUGAAGCUCUUAAGGAGGGUAUAUAAUGUAUUUGACUUCUCCCUAACUGAAGUUAGCGUUUUCUCUUAAACAAAUGGGAUCUUCCAGUCAUUUAAGUUUAUUGCAUUUCCAUUAAAUGUAUUCAGCCUCUUUUGGGAGUUCCUUGUGAUUGAUGUUGAGCUCAUUGUCAGUGAAACACAAUCUGAUGUAUUGUUGUCUUUGCCAAAUGUGCUUGCGGGAUUUGGGGGUUUAGUUGAUGUACCAGGUUUAUACCAGUUACCUUAGCAGCCCUUAUUUCAACCUUGAAAAAGCUAUGCGUUCUUUGAGUAGAUGUUCCUCUAUAGAAGCUAUGGACUAAAUGGGGAUGGAGGAGCCUCUUGAUUGAGAGUCCAUGUUUAUAAAUAGAGUAAAACUGUAACCUGAAGAAGAAAGUACUACGAUGACGCCAUGUUAAUAGGAGCUGAUCCCUCCCUCUCCAUGACCAUACACAACCAUGGCCUCCCCCCGCCCCGUGACUGAAAAUGGCAUGAAUUCUCAGAACCCCCAGGUCUCAUCGGGUGAAAAUGCAAAAACAUUAUCACAAGUGUCCUGCUUUUACUAAGAAUAAUUAUUAAAAGUUUUAUCUGCUGUUUCAUUUCCACUGGCCAUGUUGUCUUUCCAGGCUGGUGUCAAGGGGACAUUGGGGCGUCUACUAGGAAUUUUCGAGGUGAGCUGAAAAAAUAGUUGUGUUGGUUGUCUUUAAACUUGGGGUGGGAGGAACUGCUAAUUUAUUUCAACUUCUUUGCCUCCUAACCUUGAGCACUGAGAAUUUUUCUCGAUUUACUCCUACUCAGAACACAGACAGGAAGCACAGAACAUAUGUCUAUGUCCUCAUCGUUACAGAGAUGUUGGAAGACUGGGAGGACUCUGUGAAUAUCGGUAUGUUAAAUAUUGGUACGUUAAUUCUAGUUUUUGUGGUAGUUGUGGAAGCUGUGAUGACUGGACAAUCAAUUUUGUUAUCAAAUUGAUUCAUCGACAUAUGGAUUGGCCAGCUGAUCCUCUGAACCAGUAUAUCCUACUACUAUUGUAGAUUCUUCAUAGUCAUGUUUCAUUUCUGAGAAUCUAGACUAAAUCUGUUUUUUUUGUGGCCCCCUUCCUGACUCCCCUUUGCUCUUUAUCCCUGUGUUGACAGGAAGAAAAAGGGAAUGGUUUAAUACAGAGGAUGCCAGAAGAGUGCUGCAGUGCCACAAGCCUGUGCAGGCCUCGUACUUUGAGGCCCUACAACAUGGCAGCCUGAGCAGCAACGGGACACCCCUGGUGACCACGAGAGGGGGAGAAGAGCGCUCCCCUACCUACAAUAUCAACCAGAGCUCCAGAUCGAGUAUAAGAUAACUGAAACUCCUGGAGACUUCUCCACAUCUUUUACCUGCUUCUUUUUCUUAUUAAUCCUGCUCCUACUACAACUUUUUUUUACCUUCAAAAUAUCAACAGAAAUGUUUGCCUUGCCAGCCUUCUAGUGCCAGAGUGGAGGUACAGACUUGACAAGUGUUGGGCGAAGAAGAUAUAACACUUUGUAAUUUGAAAGUUUUUUUUGUUGCUUUUUACUAAUAAUUGCAUGAGAUAUUUCCAAACUCGUCCUCCUUUACCUCGGUUCCUCUCUGUCAUAAAUAUGAGGUUUGUUGAAUGCAACUUUCUGCUGUGGUGAUGUAAAGUAUUGGUAUUGAAUGUGUUUACAGAAGAAGACAGGCUUAAGGGUCUUGUUUUGCUAACACUUUACUUGAAGUUGCCACACCCCUUUAUAUGGCAUUCAUAAGAAUGACAUAACCUCCCACCAUGUACCGUGACAGAUCAUUAGUGUAAUACAUACUCCCAACUGUGUUAAGAGUUGUAAAGUAUGACAGUAUUUCAGUAUGACAUUUUCUAUUGUUGGUUUUCUUUUCAUAUAUUUCCUAAUCCCCUAAGAAUGCAUUGCUUUAGUUAGAUGGGCUUGUGGGAAAGUUUCCUAUUUUGCAUGUGUGGUAAAGCUACAUGGGUGUGUCUUGUGUGAUGCAAUCUGUAGGAAUGGAAUUAUCUGGUACAAACAGUCUCCCAUUUGUAUUACAUUGUGAAGGUAGCACAAGCUUUGUUGUUUUGAGAGAGAAGCUUUGAUAAGGGGCUGACAAAAACUACUCCCACAGUAGCUUGGGCCUUUUAUCACAAUGGGGCACAUCUAACCAGAACAUUGAAAUGUAAGUCAUCUGCUGUCUCACAUCUUGUCAGUCUAUUUCAGACUAUGAAGAUGUUUUAUAAUUCAAUGACCGGAAAGACAGAGAAUUGUGCAUGUUAUCUGAUCCUCAGGGGAAAGGAACAAGAACCCAGACUAGUCUUUUGAGUCUUAAUGAAUCAGGUUGUGUAUCAGGAGGGGGGGAGUAAUGUCAUUAGGUGUUGUUUUAUUGUGCUUUCAUAGUAAGGCUAAUUUUAAAAUGGCACUAGGAAGAUUAUGCCACUCUGGACCCCACUCAAAUUGAUGUUAUGGUUUCCACUUUAUUCAAUAAUCUUAUAUCCAUUUACUUUGUUAAUAUUCAUAUUUAUUUUCUUAUGUUAUCAUGGUGAUUGACUGCAGAUUAUGGACAUUUAUCAGUCUGUACUAAUAACCUUCUGGUGUGUGUAUUGUGUAAAUUGAGGACUGAUUGGUGUGUGUAUUUGCGUGUGUGACUAUGGCUGCAUUUAGACAGGCAGCCCAAUUCUGAUAUUUUUUUCUC